GUCCGGGGGUGGGGGGCAAACGGUCGUCUUCUUGAGGAUUUCUUAAACGGAAAGAAGAGCGGCACAGAAAAAAAGCUGCGCUAUAGGUGCUUAGAGGCCAGGAACGGUUGUUAAGGUGCCGACCUUUCAGCUGGCUCCUUUUGAGGUAUUUUGAUCUGCAACCCCAACCAGGCAUCUGUCAAAAGGUUGCUGCCCGCCAUUCGUCACAGCAGGUCGCUUUGGACCGUGGAAUCGCCGGCUGCUGUCGCUGUUCCUGUUGGUACCUCCAGCCGGAAGGUCCUCCCGAAAAACUCUCAGAAAGAGGCUGCUGGCUUCGGUGGUCCAAGUGUGGCUUAAGAGAGUUGGCUUUGUCCUGGAUUGUCCAGCUACGUCUACAUGACGCGUCAUGGCAAGAACUGUACAGCAGGAGCUGUCUACACCUACCAUGAAAAGAAAAAAGACACAGCUGCCUCUGGUUAUGGGACACAGAACGUCCGUUUGAGCAAAGAUGCUGUCAAGGACUUUGACUGCUGCUGUCUCUCCCUGCAGCCCUGCAAGGACCCUGUUGUGACCCCUGAUGGAUACCUCUAUGAAAAAGAAGCUAUCCUGGAGUAUAUCCUACAUCAGAAAAAGGAAAUUGCACGACAAAUGAAGGCCUAUGAAAAACAGAAGAAUGAAAAGAAGGCAGAAAUGGCAGAGUUGAGCAAGGCUGCUAAAGAAUCCCAGGUGAAGAGUUUCCUUGACAAAGAAUUGAGCAUUGUGAGCAAACCCCUGAAUCCCUUUGAUCGUCAGUCAGGAGACCCUCAAGCUGGGCCCAGCAGUGGAGAAAAGGCCAAACAGCUACCAAGUUUUUGGAUCCCUUCGCUGACGCCUGAGGCCAAGACCAAAGCCAUUCCAAAACCAGACAAGUGUGUGUACUGCCCUAUGAGUAGGAAACCACUGAAGCUGAAAGAUUUUAUCCCAGUGCACUUCACCCCAGUAGAUGCUAGUGUAGAUCGCGUUGGACUAAUCAACCGGCAGGACCGCUACGUGUGUGCUGUCACACGGGACAUGCUUGGAAACUCUGUCCCUUGUGCUGUGCUCCGUCCAUCAGGCUCAGUUGUGACUUUGGAAUGUGUGGAAAAACUUAUCAAGAAGGAUAUGGUUGAUCCAAUGAAUGGAGAGAAGUUGACUGACAAAGACAUCAUAGUUUUACAACGGGGUGGCACAGGAUUUGCAGGGUCAGGCGUGGAGCUGGAAGCCAAGAAAUCUCGGCCUGUGAUGCAAGCUUAGUAUAUUCAGAUGGAAAAGAAAGGGGUGAUUCUCCACCUGAUGCUGGCUGCCAUCUGCUAGCUUAAAAGAGCUAAUAUUGCAUACAAAGAAAGACAAAGUAUCCUGUAAUUUUGUAAACCAGACUUACUUAAAAGUUUUUGAAAGAAAGAAUUAUUAACUUGGGAAAUGUGUAAUCAAUAGCUUAUUUUUAGGAGUCAUAAUUUAAUUGUCAAAUUUUUCUACCUUGGAAAAGAAAAUAGAGGGUGCAGUUCACAUAAUCAAUGUAGUGUAUCUCUCACUACAUUGUGCUCAGUGUAUCUUUUAAAUUCAUUACUAUUAAAAAAAAGUGACAUGC